CUUCACCCAUAUAUAACGUACAGAAAAAGUCGCGACCUGUGACCUAGGGUUUACUUCCACGGAGAGGAAGAAGAAAGAAGUGCCGCUAAACCUCGGAAGAACACCGCAAUGGCGAGAAUCAAGGUUCAUGAAUUGAGGCAGAAGACGAAGGCUGAUCUCCUCAACCAGCUCAAGGAUCUCAAGGCUGAGCUCGCUUUGCUCCGAGUUGCUAAGGUCACUGGCGGCGCGCCCAACAAACUAUCCAAGAUUAAGGUGGUGAGAUUGUCCAUAGCACAGGUUUUGACCGUGAUAUCUCAGAAGCAGAAGUCUGCAUUGAGGGAAGCAUAUAAGAAUAAGAAGUAUCUGCCUCUUGAUCUGCGUCCUAAGAAGACUAGGGCUAUUCGUAGAAGGCUCACCAAGCACCAGGCAUCAUUGAAGACUGAACGGCAGAAGAAGAAGGAUACAUACUUUCCUGUGAGGAAGUAUGCCAUUAAGGUGUAGGGUAUUUGGGCAAUCUUCUGUAAGCUUUUGUUAUUAAUUACAAGUUUUGGUACGCUUCAACAAGUAGUUUUCUGUUGGUGGUAUUGAAUUCAUGUUUUGUUACUUGAGUUUUGAGACUUGGUGUUCCCUUUACAUGCUGCUAGGUUUGAUACAGUGUCAUUCUAUGAAUAGAAUUCAGUUAAAUUUUUAUGCAUAUCUUAAUGUUAUUCUAUUUCAUUCA